AUUAACUUUAGUCUAAAUCUCCUCCCCUUUCGACGAGAUCGCAGAGGAUUAACAAAAAAUCAGUAACGAUAAUCAUAUUGUGAGUGAGAAUCUUCGCGAAGUUUGGUGCAUUUAGUUAAUCUUCUAUAAGCUUAAGUAUGUAUAGGCAACGCUAAGAUGAAAUUUGCGGGUUUAUGCUAUGUAAUAUGAGAUGCGAUUGGUGUCUCUCUCUCUCUGCCGGUUCUAGAUAGGUUGACCUUCUGACUCUGCAUUUUUACUUUUAUCUAACGCAAAAAGUUCUUGGCUUUGUUUCAGUUCAGCUCUAAAUUUGGUUCUUACAAGUAUAUCAAUUCUUCAUUCCAUGGCACCCAGAUGGAAAUGGAAAGGUGCUGAAGCGAAGGCUCUUGCGGAACCCAUUUCAAACUCAGUCUCUCAGCUCCAACUCUCUCUAGCCAAAUCAGAGACAUCAGGGUCCCUCUCGAGUUGCAACGUGCUUCUAGCGGUUGAGCCAGAGCAAGCUGAGCUACUAAACCGCUGUUGUUUUGGCACACUCGUCCUAUCCCCUGAGAAAGUCAAGAAAUGGAUUCAGUUAUCCUUUGAAGAAGCUUUGUACUUGCACUACAAUCUCAAAUGCAUCAAAAUCUAUCUUCAAGGCCGUUGCUUGGAGAAGGAAGUCGACGCAUGGAUGUACAUGAGAUCAAAAAGACCAAACUUCCCGAUAUUUUUCAAAGCUUAUUCACAUUUACGGUCCAAGAACUGGGUCUUGAGGUCAGGGUUGCAGUACGGUGUGGAUUUCGUGGCAUACCGUCACCAUCGAUCUCUUGUCCACUCUGAAUACUCUGUUUUAGUUCAGUCUGGUGACAGUAACCGGUUAAGAGUGUGGUCAGAUGUCCAUUGUGCUGUUCGGUUAAGCGGGAGCGUUGCGAAAACGUUAUUGACUCUCCAUGUUAGUGGUAAAUCUUACAAAGAGGAUUUUAAUCUACCUUUGUGCUUGGAUAACUACACAGUGGAAGAGCAUACUAUUUGUAGAUGGAGCCCAGAACUCAGCCGCGAAGAUGAAACCAUUAAUUCAAAACCAAAUGCUACCACUGUGAGUAAUUUGAAAUCCCCUUGAUGAUCCUGUCCUGGUUAACUGAGUACUGGUUUUGAUUUUCCACAACAAUAUCUUAAACAAUGGUUUUCAAUUAUAUUUGAUAGUGAGAUGCAACAACAUGUCUCAUUUCAAAAUAAUGAGUCAAGUCUCAACUGUUUUGUUGUCCAUUGAAUUCAAAUACUAAGCACUAAGUUUUUGAUGGUGUUCUAGAGCUAUGGAUAAGCAGGUUCAUUUGAAUAGAAUAGUCUUAAGCAAAAAAAGAAGGUUCAUUUGUUAUAAAAUCAGAUGUUUGCCAAAGACACAAUCCAACGAAUCUCUAUGCAAACAUAAGACAUUAGUGAGAAGUGCGAGAAAAGAGUUUGUUUCUUCUUUAAGAUGUUCAUUUGCUGGUAAUGAAUAUGAUUUCAGACG